GCCAUCUCAAAGAAAGGAAAAGCAGUACCGCGCGUUUUGGGUUGUGGAAGCAACCUAAUGAAUAUCAUUUCUUCCAUAAAGUAUAUCCCAAAGGCGGGAGGCAUCGGCUAUUUUGCAGAUGAGAACAAAUAUGAAGAUUUCCGUAUUGGGGGCGGAACCACACUAAAUCAUCUCUCGUGGGCGCAGAUUCUCAAUGUUCCUACUGCACUCUUGGCAAUUCAAGGAACUGAUGAAUAUGGAGUUUUGCUCCGUCAACGCAUGGAGGAAAUCGGAGUAAGCACCGAUUACAUCGUUGUGGACGACAAAUACCACACCUCCGUAUCCCACGUAUUCAUCGACUCAACGGGCGAUCAGCACACCUACAUGUUUCGCGGCGCCACCAACUUCAUCACUCCCGAGAUCGUCCAAAAGCACUUCGUUCCCCACCUCCGCCACGCGAAGAUCGUCACCUCCGAAAUCAGCCAGGUUCCUCUCAGCAGCGUCAAAUCGCUUUUCCAAGCCGCCGGCGAGCGUCACGUGCUCCGCUUCCUCGACAUGGACCUUCCCUACAGCGUAGCCAUCGGUGCUGCGCAGCUCGGCACGCCUGACGAUCUCGAAGCCUGCCUGGCCAACUGCGAAGUGCUCAAAGUCAACCAAGGCGACGUCCCCGAGCUCUUCCCCGAGCUGGACGCGCAGAUGCUUCUCCAAGAGCCGCCUCGCAUCACAGCGGAGCGCAUCGCCGACCGCUGUCCGACCGCUCAGUUCAUCGCCGUGACGUCGGGGCGCAAGGGCGCAGGGCUCUGCAUCCACGGCCACGAAGGCAUCGGCAUUCAGAUCAUCCCCGAUAUCGAUUCUGCGGACGAUACCGGCGCGGGGGACGCGUUUUUGGGCGGGUUAAUCGCGGGAUUGUAUCAUUGGGGGAUGCCCCAAUCGGAAGGGGACAUAAAGAAAUUGGGGCAAUUGGGGUCGUUGUCGGGCGCGGCGUGCUGCCAGCAGUUCGGGACGCUUCCGGACGCGGAGAGCGUGAUGAAGAUGACGAGCAUGGACGACAUGAACAUCGUGAAAGAUUUGUUUCUGGUGCCCAGCGACGAAACCGCCCAGAGCGAAGCGCCCAAGCCCGCGCUGCCGACGAACGCGGUGGAGUUCUCGCUGCACGAGGACAAGGAGAACCUGAAGAUGCUGCUGGAGACGAUCGACAAAUCGCAGUUCGAGCGCGUCGCGGAGAUGAUCCACACCAAUCAGCAGCACGGACACAAGCUUUUCGUCUCCGCCGAGGGCAGUGCCGGCGCCGUCGGGCUUCGCCUGGCCGCCUCGCUCACGUCGAUCGGGGUUUCGUCGCAGUUCGUCCCCGCGAUCGAGUGGAAUCACGGGGAUCUCGGGCAUUUGGCGAAGGGCGAUUGCGUGCUGCUGAUUUCAAACUCGGGGAGGAACGAGGACGUGCUGCGGCUGAUCGAACCGUUCCGGAAGCGCGGCGUGGUCGUGCUGGGGAUGUGCGGAAACAAGGGAUCGCCGCUGCUGCACAAGGCCGAUGCGGGGUUGUUCGUACCGGCGAAUACGGAGCUGCUGAACUGUAUUCCGACGAGAAGUAUCGUGUCGCAGGAGGCAGCGGUGAAUGCGUUGGUGUCGCAGGUGUGUUUGCUUCGGAAUGUGAGUGCGGACGACUUUAUUCGGAACCACCCGUCGGAUGAUCUGGCGAGUGCGGAGGAGAAGUAGUCGCGAAGUUUGGUUUUCAUCAUCUCUUU